UCCUAGAUGCUGUUUUGAUCAAAUUCAGUCAGUUUCCUAUUAAAAGGUCAUGUUUCCCCAGAGGAAAAUUUCUUAUGGGUGCCAGGGUUUCCCAACUUUAGGGAAUAUGUCGGGCAUCUUUUAUAUAAGUACUAAUAAUGAGAAAUUACUCAAAAUUGCAAUUGUAUAUAAUUAGAGUCUAUGUAUAUCAGUCUAAGAGCCCUAAGGUUCCAGGGAACUCUGGUUGGGAAAUAUUGCUCUACUGUCUUAACAAAUGAAAGGACACACUGGACACGGUAGUGCAAGAAAAAGAAGAGAUGGUCACGGUCGGAAAAGUCCACAAACUACACAAAUGGAAACACUUUGUUGUUGUUUAGCCCCAAGCCAGCCUUGAUGAAGAACUAUGAUUAAAGACAUCCUGAUGUUGACCAUGUUGCUUUUGUGUAUGUAGGAAUAUAAGACUGCAUUAUCUAAUGUGUUCAUUUUUUAAUUUGAGAAGGCAGAGGAGUAAGUAGAGAGAUUUGGCUGCUAUAUCUUGCAAAUCAAGUGGCGAUCAUGUAGAAGCCCCCCCCACUUAACUCCAAGUGUAAUUGGAUCAUUAUCGUCGUCAUCAUCAUCAUCAGCAGUAGCAGCAGCAAUAAGAAGAGCAGUGUAUUAAAAAACCCAUCACUUGACAACAGCACCGACAUCCUCAUCUGUUGUAUCACCCUCAGUCUUUAUAAUAAUAAUAAUAAUAAUAAUAAUCAUAACUGAAAGAAAGAAAGCAGCAGCAGUAACGUCAACUUCGAUACCGACAGACCAACAUCAACAACGUCUUCAGUCAGUGCAGUGGCAUUGCUUAAAAAUAAAAAGAAGCAACAGCGAAACCAAGUGCUAUCAUAAGAGAUAUUUUGUUAAUAUGUAUACGCUAUCUUACUAACAGACAAACGGCAAAUUAAAGGCGAUCCACAGCGAACAGGUCGGCAAAAAUAUGGGAAAUACUGUGAAGUGUGGUUCCCAUUCCAGGUGGUUUAAAUCUGAAUAUAAUGAGACCCUCCAGCAGGAAAGGAUACAGUUUGUGGACCGAAGUGAUGUCCCUGAUUCGGGUGAAGUACAACUUGGAACCCUAAUACACUACGAUUAUCCCUUUGAGAAUUUGGUGUUUGAAGGUGGCGGAAAUAAAGGCAUUGCAUAUUGUGGGAGUUUAAUGGUACUUGAAGAACUUGGUGUAUUAAAUAAUACGAAACGCUUGGCUGGUGCAAGUGCUGGGGCAAUGGUUGCUGCAUUAAUCAGUGUUGGCGUUUCAAGCAAUGAACUCUUGGACUACUUAAGUCAAGACAUUGGCAAGUUGAUGCUUGAUCAUAAAUGGGGAUAUUUAAGCCUUUUACCAAACCUACUCAAAGACUAUGGCUGGAAUCCUGGCAAAAAAAUUGAUGAAUGGUUUCGCAAAGUAUUUUUGGAAAAAACUGGGAAUCCAAAUAUUACUUUCUGGGAGAUCUACAAACAUUAUGGUCGAGAAUUAUGUGUGGUUGUGACUAAUGUUAACCACAUGGCUGUUGAAUAUUGCCACCCAAAGACAACUCCACAUAUGCCAGUACGCCUGGCUGUGCGUAUGUCAAUGUCCAUCCCCGGAAUAUUCAGCCCACCCAGUUAUUCUGCAAAUAAUGGAACAAAGAAACAUUAUGUUGAUGGAGGACUUCUGUGCAAUUAUCCAAUCCAUUCUUUUGAUGGUUGGUGGCUUUCAAUGGCACCAGAAGAUACCUUCCUUAAUCGACUUCGUCCUCUUGAUAAAUUGCUUAAAUUCUUUGACAAAUCAGUCAGAUUUGGUACCUUUAAUGAAAAGACUGUUGGAUUUCUCUUGUUUUCAGACGAUGAACCAGAGAUUAUGAGGACCCAUUUGGAAGACCGACUCAAAGACAAUGGGUGUGGCACACUCCCUGAAUACCCAGAGACCAAACUAUCCAAAAAGAGAAAAGAAAACACUAGCAAAAAAUUCCAGGAAUGUACAAAACAUGAAGAGAUUUGUGAUGCUUUUGAUAAAUUGGUGAAGGCCAUUGCUAAACAUAACCCACAACACCGAAGAACCAUUGAUAUGAAAAUGUUAACUGCUGCCUUACUUGAUCCUGAGCUAAAUUACCAAGACCACAUCCUCCUGUUUGACAAAGUUGUUACAAGUGAACAUGAUAUUGAGUAUGUCUUUGAUUAUUUGGACACUAAUCAGAACAAUGAGAUCGAGUAUCAAGAAUUGGUUAACUUUCUUGAAACAAAAGGAAUUAAUGUCCAGUCUCGCUUUCUUGGAUACUUUGGCAGACCAAUCAAUGAUUUACAAUCUUACCUUUCAGCAUUAACAGAGACCAUGUUGACGAAUACUAAACGGGCAUUCAUAGAGGACCGAGAUAAACAUCGUACAGUUGGUAUAAACACAGGUUAUAUUGACACCACAGACUUCUGUUUGGAAGACGAAGACAAACAGUUCCUGAUUAAGCAAGGAUGGAACAGUACUGUGGCCUUCUUCCGAGAAUACCUCAGUACACAUCGUGGUAUCUUGAAAAAACGUCGACAUCAUUCAAUUUGUCAAGUAAUUCCACUUGCCAGCCCAGACCUUUUAUAGCAGCAAACAUCAAAAACUUUACUAUUUUUAUGGGAAUUUUCCAUGUUACAUUAUUUCUUUCUCCCACCAUCCUGAUACAAUUUUAAAGGAAUUUUUUUUCUCAAAUUCAUACAUUGUAUCGCAGUUUCAUUUAAAAUAUUUAAACUUUGUUCACCCUCUUCAAAUUUGGCACAUUUAUAUUUAUAAUCUUUCCAUUGCUGUCAACCAAACAAUUUACCCAAAUCUGAUAAAUCCAGAUCAUAUGUAUUCUAGUAUUAACCAUGACAUGGUGAUGGCUAAUGUUUAGAAUGUACUUUUGUCACUGUGGCUAAUGUCAGAUAAUGCUACAUUGGUUCCAGUAAUUAUAAUCUUUUCAGAAUUCAUGGUCAAUGAAUUCUAAUUUCCAAGUUGAAAAUAUUUAUUUAAUUAAAAUGAAAUAAAACAAAUUUCUCACUAGUAUACAAUAAUCCCUCGCCAUAUCCCGGUUUAUUAUUUAAGCCUAUGUUGACUCCUCCAUGGUGUUG